AUGCCAAUUGACCUAGGACUCUCUAGGGUUACAAAAUUACUUCACCAUCUUGGAAAUCCACAUAUUAAUGCAUAUAAAUCCAUACAUAUUGCGGGAACAAAUGGUAAAGGGUCUACGGUAGCUUAUUUAUCUUCAAUAUUAACUCAAGCCAAGGUUAGAAAUGGACGAUUCACUUCACCACAUAUGGUAUAUUAUAAUGAUUCAAUUUGUAUAAAUAAUGAAGUUUACCCACUUGCAAAAUUCAAGAAUAUCAGUGAUUACGUUCAAAAAGAGAAUACGUCAUUAAGAUUGGGUUGCACAGAAUUUGAACUUUUAACGGUUAUUGCAUUCAAAAUUUUUGAAAUAGAAAGGGUUGAUCUAGCAAUAAUAGAAGUUGGUCUUGGGGGGAGGCUUGAUGCUACGAAUGUUUUAGAGCCUUUUGAUCCCAAGACAGAUCUUAAAGGUGGGGUUAUAGCUACCGGAAUCACUAAAAUUGGCAUAGACCACGAAGCAUUGUUGGGUGAUACAUUAGCAGAAAUUGCAUAUGAGAAGGCAUGUAUUAUGAAAAAGUCUGUUCCGUGUAUCGUUGAUAGAAAAAAUGAACAAGAAGCCUUGAAAGUGGUGAAAGAGGUCGCAAAAAACACCAUGUCAGAUUUGUACAUGGUGGAUGGCAUGAAUAAACCAGAAACUUGUCCUACAAACAAAAUGUGCUAUUCCGACCCUAAAUCUCUUUUGAAGUAUUCUCCUCUUAAGGGUGACUAUCAAUUGCAAAAUUUGAGUAUAGCAUUGACAAUACUAGAUGUGGUCAAGCUUCAAAAUCAUUCCUCAUUAAGUAAUGAAAACGGAGAGUCAAAAAUAACUGCAGAUGCUAUCAAACUGGGAAUUGAAAAAACUGUAUGGCCAGGUAGAUUACAAUCCAUAAAUAUUCCUAAAACAGGUUUACAUCUUCUUUUAGAUGGCGCACAUAAUGCAAGUGCAGCCAUAGAGCUUGCUAAGUACCUUGAAAAUAUCCGAGGUGAUGAGGGCGGUAUUAUAUUCGUUAUAGCAUUAACAAAAGGUAAAUCCAUUGAUAAUCUUUUGAAGCACAUUGUCCAUAAAAAUGAUACAGUUAUACCUACAGUCUUCUCUGUUCCCGAACAAAUGCCUUGGAUUUCAAGUUACUCGUCAGAAGAUGUGCAGAAAGUGGCAGAAAAUUACGUUCAGGAUGUGAGAAAUAUAGGUACUUCUGGUCAAAGUAUUGAAAAGGUGCUAGAUUAUGUAAAUGAACUUAAAUUAUCGGGUGAUAAUAGAAAUGUAGUAGUAUGUGGGAGCUUAUAUUUAUGUGCUGAUAUCUUGAGAUAUGUGAAUACUCUCUCUAAAUAG